AUGGAAGGAAAAGAUUCACAUGCAAAUGGAAACUCAUCGGCAAAGUUUCAAGAUGAAAUGGAAAAGGGCAGCAAUUUGGAUGGGCCCUUCAUGAUGCCCCUUUUGUUGGUUCCAAAUGCGUCACAGUCUAAUUCAAAGGCAUCUGUUAUCUUGACUGGAACAGCUACAAGAGGGGGAACUGUACUAGCUGUUGGAGUUGUGGACAUUGGUGUUAGCAAAUCUGCCUAUUUUUUUCAAGUUGCUCUGCCUGGGAUCAGAAAGGAUCCUGGUCAGUUCAGCUGUGAGAUUGAACGUGAUGGAAAGGACCAUGUACGGGGUGUGACGUCAACUGGUGGAAAAACUGUUUUGAGACAUUCCCGUAUUUAUGAAAUGAAAUUUCAGCAACAAUGCCCACCCGGACCAUUCACUCUUUCUUUCAGUCUGCUAGGACCUGUUGAUCCAAGGCUUUUUUCACCACACUUCAGAUCUGAUGGUAUUCUUGAAGCCGUCGUCCUGAAAUACGAGUAA